UCAGCGCACGCUCUGCUGUUCGCCCACGCACGCGGAGGCGGCCGCGGCGGCAUCGACUUCCUGAACAAUCCUGGCGGCGGCCGCGUCUCCCCUCCCGAGUCAAAGCCACGAAGCGAGAGGCGCAAGUGAAGAGGCCACCUCUCGCCAGAGAUGCCGCUGGGUACCUCGCUGGCGGCGGCGGAGGCGUGGACGUGGGAGAACGCCGCGGCUGGAGCGGCCGCCGGGUUCACCACCGUCGCGGCCCUCCACCCGCUCGACGUCGUCCGCACCCGCUUUCAAGUGAGCGGCGGGAGGGGUUGGUCCGAGGUGCCGCCGUACAGGAACACCGGGAACGCCCUGUACACAAUCGCACGAUCUGAGGGUCUGAGGGGACUUUAUGCAGGCUUUUAUCCUGCAGUUCUUGGAUCAACUGUUUCUUGGGGGCUAUAUUUCUUUUUCUACAACAGAGCUAAACAAAGGUACUUGGAGAGGAAGGAUGGCCAGCUUCACCCAGUCGAACAUCUCAUUUCAGCUGCAGAAGCAGGUGCUUUGGUGUCCUUGUUUACAAAUCCCAUAUGGCUGGUGAAAACAAGACUGCAACUACAGACACCUAAACAUCACGCUUCAGUAUAUUCUGGGUUUUCUGAUGCUUUGAGAACUAUUCUAAAAGAGGAGGGAUUUCUUGCACUUUAUAGAGGAAUUGGUCCAGGGCUUUUGCUGGUCACCCAUGGUGCGAUACAGUUUACGGCCUACGAGGAACUACGCAAAGCUAUGAUAUAUAUCAAAGGUACACAAACAAGGACAGACAAUAGAGGAGGCGAGGAAUCAUUGAAUUCUAUUGACUUCGCGGCACUUGGAGCUGGUUCAAAAUUAGCUGCUAUAUUACUUACCUAUCCUUAUCAGGUCAUCCGAGCCCGCUUGCAGCAACGGCCUGGCAGUGAUGGUACUCCGAAGUACUCGAAUAGCUGGCAUGUUGUGAAGGAAACUGCAAAGUAUGAAGGUGUCCGUGGAUUUUACAGAGGCAUCACAUCCAACCUACUGAAAAACCUUCCAGCAGCUUCGCUCACGUUUGUGGUGUACGAAAAUGUAAUCAGACUAUUCAAAGCAGCCAAGGAGAAGACAUAGUGAGUAGUGAUUCACUGAAUGCAAGAGAAACAUAGAAAAGAAGAAAAUAAUACUGAGCUUGUUCUAACACUUUUAUGGCGAUACCCCCAUUGUUUCCCCUUCAGGGCUGACUCUGUAUCUCAUUCAUUUAGCUCUCAAAGUCUCAGAUGACAAAUGUGCAGCAGUAGAGGUGGUGGGCUUGUGGCUAACAUGAUCAACGGAGAAUUUUGUUUCAAGGAACUUGCAUUUUGUAGAGGAAAAUAACUUUUUUUUUUGUUUACGCUGCUAAUAUCCGGUUCCACAGUUUGGACCCCUGUUGGUGCGCACCUGGGCGUCAUAAGCUCUGACGCUGCUUGUGUGCGUGCGAAAGAUACCACUGCUAUAAACUGACGCUGUCUCAUGCCUUUGGUAAUGUAUUGCCAUAAUAUAGAAUUAAUGUACUUCGCCUCAGAUUAUCUGUAAUUUUUAUUUGAACA